AUUUAUCCUACAUCUGACCUCUUUCUUCGCCUUGAUCGAUGUGCUUGUGCCACUUAUUGACAGCUUUAAAAGGUUCAGCGAAGACUACAGUGUGGCAGUAUGACGUCUCCCUAUGCGGCCGUACAGUUCUGCCCAGAACACGCCUUUCAACGAUUGCGUGAACCAGCAGCGUGUCUCUCAUGGGCUGAGGGAUCUUUCUUAGCCUCCAUGUCUCAGAGUCCGAGCUCACAGGGAACUGACAUCCUUGGGCCGGAUGUCUUCAACCAACUGCUGGAGAUGCUGGACCAGUCAGCGUUCCACACCGUUCAGCCCAUUGAGCUCUUGAACUUCUCAGAAGGUUCAACAGGCAGCUCUCCAUCCAACACCAUUCAGAUCAGCAUGGACUGCAUUACUAUGCAUGGCUCUGACGAUCACCUCGCAUCGCAGUACACUACACUGGGGCCCUUCAAUGGCAUGGAUCAAAAUGGUGGCUCCACCUCCACCAGCCCCUACAACAACGAGCACACUCAGAACAAUGUGACAGCACCAUCGCCCUAUGCCCAGCCUAGUUCAACCUUCGAGGCUCUGUCUCCGUCCCCCGCCAUCCCCUCGAACACAGAUUACGCUGGCCCUCAUACCUUUGACGUGUCCUUCCAGCAGUCCAGCACAGCCAAGUCAGCCACUUGGACGUACUCCACAGACCUCAAGAAGCUGUACUGUCAGAUCGCUAAAACAUGUCCCAUUCAGAUCAAAGUUCUGACCAGCCCACCUCAGGGAGCAGUCAUCCGGGCAAUGCCUGUCUACAAAAAAGCUGAGCAUGUGACUGAGGUAGUGAAGCGAUGCCCCAACCACGAGCUCAGCCGAGAAUUCAACGACGGCCAAAUUGCACCGCCCAGUCACCUGAUCAGAGUGGAGGGCAACAGCCACGCCCAGUAUGUGGAAGACUCCAUUACCGGGCGCCAGAGUGUUCUGGUGCCAUACGAACCCCCGCAGGUGGGAACUGAGUUCACAACCAUCCUUUACAAUUUCAUGUGCAACUCCAGCUGCGUGGGUGGAAUGAACAGACGCCCCAUCCUCAUCAUCGUCACACUGGAAACCAGAGAUGGUCAGGUUUUGGGUCGCCGGUGUUUCGAGGCUCGUAUCUGCGCGUGUCCAGGACGCGACCGCAAAGCAGAUGAGGACAGCAUCCGCAAGCAGCACGUCAGUGACGGCACAAAAAGUUCUGAGGGUACGAAACGCCCUUUCCGCCCGACUCACAGUAUUCAGAUACCCUCCAUCAAGAAGAGAAGGUCCACCGAUGAGGAAGUUUUUUGUUUGCCUAUUAAAGGCCGUGAAAUCUAUGAGAUUUUGGUGAAAAUCAAAGAGUCUCUGGAACUCAUGCAGUAUCUCCCUCAGCACACCAUAGAGUCGUACAGGCAGCAGCAGCAGAGCCUUCUGCAGAAACAGAGCCCGCUGCCUCCUCAACCACCGUUCGGCUCCACCUCUCCUCCACACGGCAAGGUGAACAAACUGCCCUCGGUCAGCCAGCUAAUCAACCCACAACAACGCAACACACUCACUCCAUCCAGCAUGGCCGGAGGACUCACAGACAUGACCCCCAUGAUGAGCGCCCACAUUCCCAUGAACACAGAUAUGAGUUCACUGAGUCCCACUCAUGCCCUGCAGCCGCAGUUACCCAUGGUGCCCUCCUCUCACUGCACACCCCCGCCGCCGUACCCCGUGGACAGCAGCAUCUCCAGUUUCCUGUUACGGUUGGGCUGCUCUUCCUGUCUGGACUACUUCACAGCCCAGGGCCUUACCAGCAUCUACCAGAUUGAGAACUACAACUUGGAGGACCUGUCCAGGUUGAAGAUCCCUACAGAGUUCCAGCAUGUGAUCUGGAAGGGGAUUAUGGAGCACCGGCAGAGCAUGGAGUUCUCUCCCCCUGCACACAUCCUGCGCUCGUCCAGCGGGGCGUCCUCGGUGAGUGUGGGCUCCACGGAGGCGCGCGGUGAGCGUGUGAUCGAUGCCGUGCGCUUCACUCUGCGCCAGACCAUCUCUUUCCCACCGCGAGACGACUGGACCGACUUUUCAUUCGACCUGGACUCGCGCCGCAACAAGCAACAGCGCAUCAAGGAGGAGGGAGAGUGAGAGGAGCGCACACGCGCACACACGCUUUCAUACAUACUGCAACUAAUGCAUGCCGCACACACAAAACUUGUACAGCUUUUACCAAGUGUUUGAUUUCACUUAAAAGCAUGCCAAUUAAAUGCACUUAACAGCUAGAGUUUUUUGGGUGUAUUUCGGUCUGCUUGUCAUUUCAAGCCCCUAGUUUGAUGCAGGCUACUGUAGCUUUAGGGUAAGCGGUGCUUUGCCGUGUAUGGUUUAUCAUUUAAAAUUUCUUGAGACGCAGCACUUAAGAAAUGCUGAAGUGUUGGUACUAUUUUGAGUUGAUUCAUUCUCUACAGAGAAGAACUAAUAUUUGGUGGCUUUUUUUGUUUGGAUUCUUUUUGGAUUGUAAAGAACCUUUACUCCAAUAGGAUUCAUAGUAUUAAACUUUUUAUUAAUCUGUUUGCUGUAACACUUUGUUUCAGCCUGGUGAUACUUUGUUUUGAAUGGUACAAUUUGUCUGUUUUUUUUUUAAUUGUCAAUCUACUUGAUGUAAUACUGGCAAAUCAGUUUUAAUACUUGGACACAUUCAAACCCAAGUCACUCAUGUGACCUUUCCAGUAUUUUAAAUGGCGUUAAUCUACAUUGUACAGAUUUUUUUGUUGUUUUUUUGUUUUGUUUUGUUUUGUUUUUUUUUACACACAUAUAAAUUUUGUAAAUAUGCAAGGUGCUUAUUUUGAUACAGUAUAAACGAAAACAAUAAAAUAUCAUUACACUA